AUGUAUGGAAAUGUUUAUAACAGACAUACAGAAGAAAAUGAAAACAGUUCUGCUGAAAGUAAACAAGAACAAGAAUUUGAAUAUAUCGGAGGUCGAAAGUUUUAUAAUAUUGAUGUUUCACCAUAUAUUUUGCCUACAGAUAUUGAAGAGGUUGAUCGCUUACAUCAACAACAUUUUGCGCUCAAACAUAUUUGUGAAGGAAACUACACGGCUCCGAUUCAAAAUAUAAUAAAACCUGGAAGCAAGUUACUGGAUCUAGGUUGUGGUUCAGGUCAAUGGACACUAGAAAUGGCGCAGGAAUUUCCAUAUGCGCGAGUAUUCGGUAUCGAUAUAAACACGAAUUUCCCAACUUUAAUUAAACCGUUGAAUGCCCAUUUUAUAGUUGGUAAUGUCACAGAAGGAUUACCCUGGGAAGAUAACUACUUUGAUUUUGUUUGGAUACGAUAUUUAUGCGUUGGAGUUAAAGAUGCAGAUUGGCAGAAUUUAUAUCUUGAGGUUAGGCGUGUGUUAAAACCAGGCGGAAUACUUGAACAUCAUGAGUGUGAUGGGCUUACCGAAAUUAGUGGUCCAAAAUUAAAAAAUUUUCAAAACCAUUUUGAAGAAGCAAUGAUUUCACGUGGUCUAAACUUUCGAUUGGCAUGUCAACUAAGUGAACGAGUUACGAAUGCUGGAUUCAAAGACGCACAGUCGUCGUACAUAUCUGUAGCAGUUGGAAAACAUGGAGGUAAAAUUGGAGAAAUAUGGGCAACGAAUUUAAAAGCAGGUACUCUCUCUAUAAAACCUUUGCUCGCGAAACUUCUCAAAUUGACAGAUAACGAGUACGACUCGACAGUUCAAUAUAUUUUCGAUUAUGAAGUUGACGAGUAUAAAGUUUAUCAUAAUCAUCAUAAAGUAUGGGCUCAGAAAAUUCAAUAG